AUGGCAAUGCUUGUGAUGGACGACAAUGGCUCCCCCCUUUCUGGGAUACUAUCAACAUUACCACUAACCACAAGAGACAAUAUCUGCUCCUUAUUAAAUAGCAAGGGAUUGUUCACAGUGUUCAGCGGCGUUCAGAAGCCGCCGCCGCUAGAUACCGACCUCGAGGCGUUUAACCAGAUUCCAAAGUACAGACCAUUAGUGCUGGCGCCAUCAAACAACCGGCUAUCAGGGCUGUUUCAGUCGGCGACACGGUAUGUCGAGCCAUCGGCAGAACAGUUGAAUCUGGACGAGACGGAGCUCACAGGAUUCUGCUUCAGCUUCCGCGACUACGUGACCGAUCGCGUGCAGCGCGUGUGUGACCGCCAGAGCGAUGCAGUGCAUGCUGCCAGGCAGCUGGGUGGCCGGGCUGCCGAGUCGGCCAUGCAGCUGAGCCACGUCAGCCAUCUGGCCAAGCAGGAGCGCGAAGGGGCGAUGGCGCUCAAGUCAUUGCAGCGACAGGCCGAGAAAGCGUACGAGAUGAUGCAGGAGAUUUUGGGCGACAUCGAGCGGUUGGAGGCAGCACUGCCAGCCAGCACACGGUUCUUUGGGAGCGAGAGCCAGGCGAGCAAGGAGUUUCCGCAUUUGCGGCGUGUUCUGGGACAGCGACGGCGGAGCCUGCAGCCGAUUGCAUCUCCAACCUCGACCAUCAGUAUGCGGAGGCAGAUUGCUUCGCGCAAGGGACCUAUCCCGGCAUUCUCGGGAAGAGCAACCAGCCUGUCGCCAUCGCAGUCGCACGGCGAAUUGCCCAGGAUGCAGCGCUCGCAGACGGCUGGACUGGUGCAUAGGUCGUCGGCGUUGUCCCCAGCCGGCCGAGCGCACGGCAAGUAUGUGCCUGAUGCACUGUCUCUACGCAAACGGAUGUCCCGAACCAGCCUGGCGAGCUCUGGAGGUGGGAAAUGCGUCGAGCCGGUCCAACUCGCCCUGGACCGCAGGCUAGAUCGCGUGUAUCAUAUGACGGCAGCUAUUCGCCAGCCACUGCUGCCAGGUCAAUCGGUGGUAAUGGCGAGGGUUCGGCAGAUCAGUCACUGGUGUCAGACGAUGAGCAUGGCAGGGGUUCGGAGUAGUCACAGAACAUCGUUUACGUCAGAGCUGGCCAUCAGUGCAGACCCGGCCUCGGUCGUCGCACGGCCAAGCUCGGUAGUCUCAGUGUGCACAGAUAGUGUGUACUCGGGGCGCUUGGAUCAGACAGCAUUAGCCGGCGAGCAAGGGCUGUGGUCGCCACAGUCGACAACAAGCCAAGGCGAGGCGGCGUUUGUGCUUCCUGUAUUGGGCCAGUCGCUGUUUGAUGCUGGGCUACCGGGAAGUAUUAGUGCCGACCGCUGCGAGGCUGCCAAGGAUGAGCGACCUGUGCGCCACUGGACGAUUCCUUUCGCAGCGCAAUACCAACACCGAUGGUCGGCGGCGAUUGUGACGAUGACAGCAGAAACACCGAAGGCGACCGGGAGCUUGGCGGCGAUCACAGCUUGGAGAGCGGGAAUGAAGGCUAAUGUGUCGUCACCUGGUAACUCGCGGUCGUCAACAUUGCGGCGGAUAAGUGCGGGUAGUGCGUCAGAGGCUAUGCCUCGGGCGCGUGACAUUGUGUUUACUGCUAAUGCCAAGCCAGCGCAACAGCGGGUGUCGCAACAGCAGAGUACACAGCAUCAGCCAGGUGCUGUUUCGCCGCGGUCGAUGCCUCGCGCCAUAACAAUGCCGUCAGGGUCGUCGGUCUCGUCGUCGCAGUCGGUUGCGUCAGUCUUGUUGCCCACGCCGAUGUCAUCGCCAAUGGCUCAGGUCACGACUAAUGCACUGAGCAUUCUAAGUGUGUCAGAGACGGCGGACGCCGCACCAAAUGCCAUCUGGGUCACCUACACCGCAGGGCACAACCUCGGAAGCAUCGCUGCAAGCACUAGAAGCCCUGGCAACUCCCGGCCAGGAUCGCAGACCAUGUCUCCGGAGCGUGUGCGGCAGUCGAUGGCCAUGCUUAGCCGGCAGAAUAGCCGUGAUUCGGGUGCUGACUCGAAGCGCAGCAGUACUGGUGGCCGCGAGCGUGCGUCGUCAGUCACGCACAACCUUAUUAGCAUGAUCGAGACAGGCGACUCGUCGAUCGAAGAGCAUGUGCAGGCGCGGCCCCGCAAUACCCUGAUGGAUGAUAUCCCUGAGCGCGACUCUCCGGGCAGCGUGCUUGUGAAGUCCAACUCUGAGCGCAUGUCGACAUGGAGCUCGUCGUCAGGGCGCACGCUUUCUGACGGCCUGGGCCAUCCACGCGUUCCAGUGCUAGAGGAUCCACUGAUGCCCGGCAGCACGCUGAACUCAGCCAAGCACGCGCUGGCUAGUCCAUGGUCAAUAGCCGCCCAUCAUCUUCGCACAGCCGUGGCGAUCGGAACACCAGGCAGUGCCGGGAGUGACCAUUCGGGCUCUGGCCACAAUGCAGGCCGUGUGCGACCUACUGAUCUGGGACUGAACAUCAGGGUCCCUAUGCGUCGGCAUUCGCCACACGCCGGAUCACUGCGGUUCACCCGGCCUGAAAUGAUCCAGCGCCAUCGCCUCAGUGUGAUCAGCACCGGCAGCCAGUCGAGCCUGGGAUCUGCUGGGUCGUCAGGCCGCAACGCUUCAGAGGCCGUGGUUGCCCAAUGCGAUGUCGAGGCAGUCCCAGAGAUGAACCACAGCCAUGUGCUGCCUACUGUAGCGAGCUCCGUCGGCAAGUUGCAGCGGGCACGCACGGUCGGCCACUACAGCCAGCUGGUUCCGCCGACGAUGCCGCAGCCAUUGUCGGGCGUGAAGAAAUAG